CCAGCAUCCACAGACCGACGUCUCUUCCAUCCUCAACAUUGACAAUUAUGGGUUGGUGGUGGAACUCCGCUCCCACAGAGAGCGAGCCUCAGGCCCCUCCGGCCUCCAAGCCAUCGGCAUCACAACCCACCCCGGAGACCACACCCUCCGCGCCAUCCCCGCCGCCGCAACCCCGGACCUUAAGCCGCGAGGAGCAGGCCGACGCCGAAUGGAAGAAACUGGUCGCCAGUCUAGAGAGCGACAUCAAUGGCACGAAACCCCCGCAGACCUCCUCCGUGGGUGACUCCUCAUCGCCCGACUCCACAUCCUCCUCCACCGACCCUCGAGCACCCCCGUCGUCCAUUGCUCCUGACUCCCUGUACGACGACACCAUGUCCUGCCGCUCCGCAUUCGACUAUGCAUUCUUCUGCCAGUCCUUUGGUGGCCAGUUCGUCAACGUCUACCGCUAUGGCGAGCUCCGGUCCUGCAGCGAACACUGGGACAACUUCUGGAUGUGCAUGAAGACCCGCACGUUACCGGACCAGCAGCGCCGGAAGGCCAUCCGCGACCACAACCGCAAAAAGGCCAUCAAGUACAAGACUGGCCCUAGCAGUGAAGACGUCUGGGACGUGCGGACGGAGCCGGUGCAGAACGCUUUCUCGGGGGAUUUUGCCGCCCUGGAACUCGAGAUGCAGGCGGAGGAAGCCGAAGAAGCGCGCCAGAAAGCCGCAUCCACCUAGAGACACUUCCCUUGGUCUCUGUCUCUGCUGGGGGGGAACCUUCCGAGGGGAUCUCUCCCUCCUCAUGUUGUCAUGUCAUGUAGAUGGAUACCUGUCUCCCAGGGAGACUCUGUAUAAUAGCAUAAGUAUAGUACUACGUCCCUGAGGUCUCCCCACUCCUGCACGCAGCCCUAGACAAAGGAACUUGCCCUCGACAAAG